AUGGCGAGAGAACGGAUCAGAGCUGAAGACAAGCUGGUCCGAGUGCCAGGCUGGCCCGGGCCGAGGCGCUCCCAAGGGCCGGCGCAGGGCAGGGGGGCCGCGGUGGGCCAGUUGCGGGCGCUGCCCCGGCCGCUGAGGCAACUGGAGCCUGCCCUGGCGCCGGGCCCCGGCCGCCUGCGGCCGCGCUGUGCUCGGGGCGGCUCCCGGGGAGGUGACGCUUGCCUGGGCAAAGCCUUCGUGUCCCGACCGGGCUGGACACGCAGGCGAGCGGCUUUUGGCUUCGUCGCCCGAGGGAACGAGAGCGAGGAACGGGCCGGCGUCGCCCGAAGGGUGGGCUCCGGCUGCAGGAGCAUACACCGGUGGUCCCCGCCCCUCCUCCGGCUGCGCUCGCCCUUCCGUCUCGCAUCCUUCAGCCGCAGCCCGCCGAGGAGCGAGUUUUGUAGAGUGAAGAUGAACGAAAAGACUGUGUGUGCAGUACAACUUGGAGAAAAUUUCUGCCUCUAUUUUGCAGAUGAUGAUGGGCUGGAGUGCGAUGCCCUCUGUAAGGAAAAAACUCUCCACCGAGUCCUUCGAAAUGUAAAUAGCCAGUUGCUUGUGGUUCGACCAGAUUUAAACAUGGCAGCUUUUGAAGAUGUGACAGAUCAGGAGAUGAAAUCUGGCAAGGGAAUGCACUUCAACAUUCACUAUUACAAAACUACUACACCUUCAGCAGGGAUGCCUGUUGCAUUCAGCGUCCAGGUAGAAGAUAAAAAUUAUUACAUGUGUUGUGAGAAGGAAUGUGGAAAAACGACAGUUCGAUUUAGAGAAGGAGAAGUUCCCAAAGACAUUCCUGGUGAAAGUAACAUAAUCUUUUUCAAAAAGACAUUUACAUCCUGUAGCUACAGAGCAUUUAAGUUUGAAUACUCACUAGAACAAGGAAUGUUCUUGGCCUUUGAGAAAGAAGGCUACUUAAGAAAAUUAAUUCUGAAAAAGCUGUCAAGAGAAGAUGAAGUGGACGAAACCAUGAAGAUAAGUUUCUAACUUCGGUCAGAAUGAAAGUCAUAACCUAUGACAUACUGUAACAGUCUUAAAAUAUAGUCUGACUUUUUAUUAAAGAAGUAUUAUUUCCUUAUCUGAGGCAAGCCAGUUUUAUGUUUUUCCCUACCCUAAGUCAGUACAAAAACAAGUAUCUUGUAAAGGAAAAGAGACUCAAAUCCUUGC